UUGCUGCGCGUCCCUGGCCGGAAUCCCUGCUUUCUCGAGCCGUGAGUCCAGAAGCGGGGAGAAGUUGGAGAGGUUGGGUAGUGGGUGUUGGAAGAAAUUGUGAACAGAGCCCCCCACCCCGCCCUGGUCGGCUGAGCCCCCGAGGAGCUUCUCUGUCGCGUCUGGGCCAAGUGUGGACGCGCUGUGCGCGGCCCCGCCAGGGCUGGGAGUUUGCAGAUCGUCCCUGCCGCGGCCCGCUCGCGGCGGCCCUGCGGCUCCUGCCGCGGCCCCAGGCGCGAUCCAGCCCAGGUAGCCGCGCCGCAGGCUCUGGGUGCCGCGUCCCCGAGCCCCGCCGCGCCGUGGGCCCCACAGAGACGGCGACGAGUGCGCGUGCCGGCCGCUGCUGCUGCCCAGCAAGGAGGAGCAAUUACUGUUCUCCAGUGGACAUUGGAGGAGGAUCCAUUAGGUCAUUGAGAUCAGCAGAAAUAAGGAACAAGGUCCAAAUCAGACCAGCUUCAUUUGGUUUAGCUGAAUUCAUAGUACCAAGCCUGGACAUUAUAGUUGUAUACAGAGGUGUCAGUAAGUAAAAGAUGGAUAAGUCUGAAGCUUGUUCAAAUGGAGGUCCUUAGAAUGGAAGUGAGAAAAGGAAAUCGGCUGACGCAGGAGCCAGAGUGAGACCAAUGAACCCACAAACCCAGCCUACACCAUGAACUUGUGUCUCCCUUCUACGCUUUAAGAGCCAAGGGCAGGUGAAGUUGUUGGAAAGCAAUGGCUCUUUUUACUCCAUGGAAGUUGUCCUCUCAGAAGCUGGGCUUUUUCCUUGUGACUUUUGGCUUUAUUUGGGGAAUGAUGCUCCUGCAUUUCACCAUCCAGCAGCGAACUCAGCCUGAGAGCAGCUCCAUGUUGCGUGAGCAGAUCCUGGACCUCAGCAAGAGAUACAUUAAAGCGCUGGCCGAGGAAAACAGGAAUGUGGUGGAUGGGCCAUAUGCUGGUGUCAUGACGGCUUAUGAUCUGAAGAAAACGCUGGCGGUGCUCUUGGAUAAUAUUCUGCAGCGCAUUGGCAAGCUGGAGUCAAAGGUGGACAAUCUUGUAAUCAAUGGCACAGGAACAAACUUGACCAACUCUUCCACAGCUGUUCCCAGCUUGGUAGCACUUGAGAAAAUUAAUGUGGCAGAUAUCAUUAAUGGAGCUCAAGAAAAAUGUGUAUUGCCUCCUAUGGAUGGCUACCCCCACUGUGAGGGGAAAAUCAAGUGGAUGAGAGAUAUGUGGCGCUCAGACCCCUGCUACGCAGACUAUGGAGUGGAUGGGUCCACCUGCUCUUUUUUUAUUUACCUCAGUGAGGUUGAAAAUUGGUGUCCUCAUUUACCUUGGAGAGCAAAAAAUCCCUACGAAGAAGCUGAUCAUAAUUCAUUGGCAGAAAUUCGUACAGAUUUUAAUACUCUCUACAGUAUGAUGAAAAAGCAUGAAGAAUUCCGGUGGAUGAGACUAAGGAUCCGGCGAAUGGCUGAUGCAUGGAUCCAAGCAAUCAAGUCUCUGGCAGAAAAGCAGAAUCUUGAAAAGAGAAAGCGGAAAAAAGUCCUCGUUCACCUGGGACUCCUGACUAAGGAAUCUGGAUUUAAGAUUGCAGAGACAGCUUUUAGUGGUGGCCCUCUCGGUGAAUUAGUUCAGUGGAGUGAUUUAAUUACAUCUCUGUACUUACUGGGCCAUGACAUUCGAAUUUCAGCUUCACUGGCUGAGCUCAAAGAAAUAAUGAAGAAGGUUGUAGGAAACCGGUCCGGCUGCCCAACAGUAGGAGACAGAAUCGUUGAGCUCAUUUAUAUUGAUAUUGUAGGACUCGCACAAUUCAAGAAAACUCUUGGACCUUCCUGGGUUCAUUACCAGUGCAUGCUGCGGGUCCUGGACUCAUUCGGCACCGAGCCAGAGUUUAACCAUGCUAACUAUGCCCAAUCAAAAGGCCACAAGACCCCCUGGGGAAAAUGGAAUCUGAACCCACAGCAGUUCUACACCAUGUUUCCUCAUACCCCAGACAACAGCUUUCUGGGGUUUGUGGUUGAGCAGCAUCUGAACUCCAGUGACAUCCACCACAUUAACGAAAUCAAAAGGCAGAACCAGUCACUUGUGUACGGCAAAGUGGAUAGCUUCUGGAAGAAUAAGAAGAUCUACUUGGACAUUAUUCACACAUACAUGGAAGUGCAUGCAACUGUUUAUGGCUCCAGCACAAAAAAUAUCCCCAGUUAUGUGAAAAACCAUGGUAUCCUCAGUGGACGGGACCUGCAGUUUCUUCUCCGAGAAACCAAGUUGUUUGUUGGACUUGGGUUUCCUUAUGAGGGCCCAGCUCCCCUGGAGGCCAUUGCAAACGGGUGUGCUUUUCUGAAUCCCAAGUUCAACCCACCCAAAAGCAGCAAAAAUACAGACUUUUUCAUUGGCAAGCCAACUCUGAGAGAGCUGACCUCCCAGCACCCUUAUGCUGAAGUUUUUAUUGGCCGGCCACAUGUUUGGACUGUUGACCUGAGCAAUCAGGAGGAAGUAGAGGAUGCAGUGAAAGCAAUUUUAAGUCAGAAGAUUGAGCCAUACAUGCCAUAUGAGUUCACAUGUGAGGGGAUGCUGCAGAGGAUCAAUGCUUUCAUUGAAAAACAGGACUUCUGCCAUGGACAGGUGAUGUGGCCCCCGCUCAGUGCCCUGCAGGUAAAGCUUGCUGAGCCCGGGCAGUCCUGCAAGCAGGUGUGCCAGGAGAACCAGCUCAUCUGUGAGCCUUCCUUCUUCCAGCACCUCAACAAGGACAAGGACAUGCUGAAGUACGAGGUGGUCUGCCGAAGCUCAGAGCUGGCCAAGGACAUCCUGGUGCCCUCCUUCGACCCCAAGAACAAGCACUGUGUGUUUCAAGGUGACCUCCUGCUGUUCAGCUGUGCGGGUGCCCACCCCGGGCGCCAGCGGAUUUGCCCCUGCCGGGACUUCAUCAAGGGCCAGGUGGCGCUCUGUGAAGACUGUCUAUAGCGGCCACAGGCUAGGCCGCACGCACGCACUCUGCUGGGGAAACUUGGCUCCAGCCCCUCGGGGCAGGCCGGGGGCAAACAGGGUUCAGGGACUCUCUCCAGAGCCUGAACUUUUUGGUGGAAGGUUUUGAUUUGGUAUUGCUACUACUGCGGUCAGAGCACUGCAGUAGGGUUUUCGUCAAACAAAAUGAGAGCAGAUGUCAGGCCAGGAGCCUGGCUUCUCCCUGGCACAACUUUAUUUUAUUUUAUUUUUUUGAGGAGCAGCUGUAGGGAGACUGUCAAUGCAGCUGCUCCCAGGUAGCAAGAGUCUCAAGAUUCACUUAAAACGAAAAGACCAGAGGAGGUGAGCUGGUUGGAAAGAACUUUCUUUGUAUGGGAACAUUCCUAAACCCAUUAAUUUAUUUAUU